AAGAGUUGUGGAAAUCUAAAUACCAACCUCAACCUUCUAAAAAUACAAAUAAGGUUCAACAAAAUCGUUCUCAAAAUAAAAUACUAGCUAGUAUUUUUAAAAAAUACAAAAAAGGCAAUCCUUUAAAUGAAUUGGCUACUUAUUUAAGAGAAUCUACUGCUGAUCCUGAUAAUGAUGAAAAUGAUAUUGAUAUUUUAAAAUGGUAG